AUGCCACGUAUCACAGUCAACCCAUACGAGCACGCCCCCCCGGACUUCCAGGGCCCCGCCUUCGCUCUAGCGAGGACCGCCAUCGCUCAAGCCAAUGGGGGAACCGAGGAAGAGGCCAGCCAGGCCCUAGCGGACCAGUGGACCGAACAAAAUGAUCUCGCGAAGCAGGCGUGGGACGCGCAGGUUGCGGAAGAUCAAGAAGCGGCCGAUCUAGCCGAACGCGAACGGGCAGAGCGGGAGGCCGCCGCAAACGCGGAGGAGGAAAGAGAGAACGCGAAGGCCCGACCCAAAGUCCCCUCCUACACCCAGGAUCAAACGAUCAGCGACGAGCAAGACCUGCAUACCGACUACGACGUGCUCGUUAAGCUCCGCAACUACAAGUACACGGAGCUCUGGUACCACGGAGCCGACGGCAGAAGACUAGCGACGUCACUCGCCAUUUCUCGCGGAGACGACACUAUGGUACUCGCCAAGGAAGGCGAAGGCUUAUCGAUCAAGCACACCUCGUCUGCUCGCCUGGCAAGGCACUGCGUCCCUGAUCGAGAUCUCACCUGGGACCAGUUCACGAUCGCAAAAGGCGGCUUGCUAGAAGAUAUGGCGCGAGUGGGCUGGGAGCCCAGUAUCAUCCGCGAUUUCGCCCUUCUCUUCUACAAAAUGGACGGGCACGGCAUCCGGUACCAACCCUACGGCAACGCGUGCCUGCUUAUCUACAUGGACGAGAUUCGUAAGAACUGGCACCUGUCGUAUGAGCUCGACAUCAAGAACAAGCCCAAACCGAACGAGGGCCUCAUGUUCAACCCGGGGAACCUCAACGAGACUCGUCUGGCCCGGAUCGUAACCACAUACCUUCAAUCGCAAGCGUAUGACGCUCUCGCCGGUCAGUAA